UUGCCGGUGCAGCCACUGGGUGCCGAGCAAGGGGAGCCCGGCGGCGGGCGGGGACGUGGGGCGGGACGAGCGGCGCGGAGAAAAGCGCCGGCCCAUGGGCCAACGCCGGGUCGCCUAGGUGAGCGUGCCGAGGCGACAACUGCAGACCUGCCAGAGCCCGUUGAGAUUCGGUCACUGAUGUGGAUGAAGUGAGAAGAACUCUAUGCCGUGGGAGCGGAGCGCACCGUGGUGGUAACCAGCGUGGCGAGCUUAGCUGAAAGCGGCUCCCGCCCACACUUGGCCAGGCUCAGAGGACGCUGAGCCUGGGAGUUUCCUGAAGACAUCUGGCCCCACUUCGGAAGUGUCCUGCCAAAGCAAGUGCUAAGACAGGCAGGUCCCAUAGGAGCAGACCUGGCUGAGCAGCAAAGGUGAAUGAAGCCCCCAACUCCACACUUGUGCUGUGAAGUCCUCUCUGGCCACACGGGUCUCCAGCAGCCUCUGAACUUCAGAUCAGUAGUUAUAGUAAAAGCAGCCAAGAGACCGUCCGGUCUAACAGAUUUCACGUGUCACCAUGCUGUGCUCUCUGUUCCUGCUGCUGCUGGCCGUGGGCAGAGUGCAGACGACUCGGCCGUGUUUCCCUGGCUGCCAGUGUGAAGAAGAGACAUUCGGCCUCUUUGACAGUUUCAGCCUGAUCCGUGUGGACUGCAGCAGCCUGGGCCCCCACAUUGUGCCUGUGCCCAUCCCUUUGGAUACAGCCCACCUGGACCUGUCUUCCAACCGGCUAGAAACCGUGAAUGAGUCAGUCUUGGCAGGGCCAGGCUAUACCACACUGGCUGGCCUGGAUCUCAGUUACAACCUGCUCACCAGCAUCAUGCCCUCUGCCUUCUCCCGACUGCGCUACCUGGAGUCACUUGACCUCAGCCACAAUGGCCUGGCAGCCCUGCCGGCAGAGAUUUUCACCAGCUCCCCCUUGAGUGACAUCAAUCUGAGCCAUAACCGACUACGAGAGGUCUCGAUAUCUGCCUUCACCACCCACAGCCAGGGCCGGGCACUGCACGUGGACCUAUCCCACAAUCUUAUCCAUCGCCUGCUUCCCCAUCCAGCCCGGGCCAGCCUGCCUGCACCUACCAUUCAGAGCCUGAACCUGUCCUGGAACCGAUUCCGAGCUGUGCCCGAUCUCCGAGACCUACCCCUGCGUUACCUGAGCCUGGAUGGGAACCCUCUGGCUACCAUCAACCCAGAUGCCUUCAUGGGGCUGGCAGGCCUCACCCACCUGUCACUGGCCAGCCUGCAGGGCAUCCUCCAUCUACCACCCCACGGCUUCCGGGAGCUCCCAGGCCUUCAGGUCCUGGACUUGUCAGGCAACCCCAAGCUCAAGUGGGCAGGAGCUGAGGUGUUUUCAGGCCUGGGUUUGCUGCAGGAACUAGACCUGUCAGGCUCCAGCUUGGUGCCCCUGCCUGAGAUGCUGCUGCAUCACCUCCCUGCUUUACAAAGUGUCAGCGUAGGCCAGGAUGUGCAGUGCCGGCGCCUGGUGCGGGAGGGCGCCUACCACCGGCAGCCUGGCUCCAGCCCUAAGGUAGUCCUACACUGUGGAGACACCCAGGAAUCUGCUGCCAGGGGCCCAGACAUUUUGUGACGAAUGGUGUGGCCUGAGGCCACUUGACAGACUGCUGCCUGGGCUUGCUCAGGUCCCCACUAAUAUUUUAAUGUGCCAAUGCCUGUGGAGAGUCUACAGGCCUAAGUGGCGGCCAUCUCAGUAAAGAUAUGGGCCAAGGAUAGUUUUUGUACCUGGGGCCUAUACCCAAUAACAAAAUCUGCCGGUUUGUCACAGUGGCUCACCUCCCAGAACUCUGAGCAAAGGGACUGUGAUGCCAAACCAGACUUUGGUCCCUUCCUGAGCCCUGCUCCAGUUGUCCCUAAGUGCCUUCCCUUUUGUCUGGACUGACCUGACCCAUGAUGUUUGGACUACAUGUAGGUGAGCGCCCGCAUUGCAAAGCUGACUCAGGUCCACUGGGCUGAAGGUCCCUUGGAGCCCAGUGUCUAGUCACACCUUUUUGCUCUGGGCCCAUGAGGCCUACUUCUUCCUUUUCUCAUGGAAUCCUGGGUAGAAUCUUAAUAAUAGAAGGACUUAGAGAGAAAAUCAAAUCCACCCUCCUUGUGGGGAAGAUGGUAAUAUGGGACCAAGAGCAGCAAACGUGCUCACCUGGUGUCUUGGAGCCCAGCCUCCUGCUGAGGUUGGGGGCUCUGCCAUCCCUCCCCUGCUGGGUACCCUGUUACCAUUCAUUGUCUGUGCUGUUUCCCAUUGUGCCCAGCAGUAGCAACAACAAGAUCACAUGGGUGGGGACCCUAGGUCCGGUGGCCAGCUUAUGGCAGGAGCAAAGUCAGUCCCCCUUUCAGAGCCUCAGGAAGCUUGGAACACCUCAGUCACAAGCCUGUCAGUUUCUUCCUCUGGGAUGGGAGUCCCGCAGCAUCGAGACUGGAAACGUACACAUUUCCCCCAGGGACCCUGUCUUACGAUGCUUUUCUACGUCAAUGCAAUUGUGGCCAUCUGGCCACAAGCUCCAAGGGACUUACAAGCUCAAGGGCCAGAGCCCAGAGACCCAUUUUCCCCUCCAAGGAGUGGGGCAGGAAGGGUCUCCCAGGCACGCUGUGCUCACCCCCAGGGCCACAUCUCAGCUCUCCAGCCCUGGAUUCUUUCCUGUCUUCAUUUUAUGAGUUGUUGCCCUUUUUUUUUUUUUUUUUUUUUUUUUAAUGAACUGUCACUUUUAACCCCCUCCUCUGCUGGCCGGGGGAUGGAAAGGAAGAUAAAUGUUAUUUGUUCACUUUUGUAAGACUCUGUUCUGGGUGUGGGCCAGGAGGUCUUAGAAAGAAGCUGGCUGUCAGUGACCAUGUGGGCAUUGAGGCUGGUCCCAGAGAUGCUCGAAAGUCAGUGAAAGCUAUGCCUUCUCAUGCUAGCCCAGCCCAGCCCACCCUGCGACUGGUUCUUGGUUUAAUAAACACAUGUAAGAGUUCUUUCCACCACUGAA